CAAUCGAAUGAGUCCAGUCAAACAUCCACGUAAAGACGGGGGAGGUUUUAAACCGCUGUUUUUAAACAAAUAUUCUUAAAUCUGCGUUUAAGUAAAUGAUGUUUGGACCGUCUUCCCGUCUGAGCAUGCUGGUUGGACAGGAAACAACAGUGCCAUUGGUCCAGCAAUGUAACUUUCAACCAAUGAAAAUGGACGGGAAAGAGGCGGGGCCACACUGAAAAUGCUGAAAAAGCAUGAGAGGUGAAGUGACUGGGUGAGCAGGUGAACGGGUGAACAGGCGGAAGUAGAAGACGAUGACGAUGAAGACGAUGCUCGUCCUGCUGAUGUGUCUCCUCCUCUGCGUCGUCCGUGGCGACGGCAAACCGACAGAGAAGAAGAGUCACGUCAUUCAUGGCGUGCCGCUCAGCGAGCGUGAGCACAACGACGAUGAGAACUACGACUACGACCACGAGGCUUUUCUCGGCGACGAGGAGGCGGAGACAUUCGACAAGCUCCCGCCACACGAGAGUAAACGCAGGCUCGGCAUCAUCCUGGAGAAGAUUGACGUCAACAGUGAUGACGUCAUCUCGGAGGAGGAGCUAAAGCUUUGGCUCAAAAGCAAUCAGAAGAAGCUAAUUUCUGGUAAAGUGGACGAACGAUGGAGCGAGUUUGACUCCAACAAGGACGGCCUGAUCAGCUGGAGCGAGUAUAAGAAAGCCACGUACGGAUACCUGGUGAGCCCUCAGGAGGAAGAAGAUCACAAGCACAUGAUCUUUCGUGACGAGCGGCGUUUCCGAACGGCGGACAGAAACGGAGACUCGGUCGCAGACAAGGAGGAGUUCACCGCGUUCCUCUACGCCGAGGACUAUGAACACAUGAGGGACGUUGUGGUGCAGGAAAUGAUGGAAGACGUCGACCGAAACAAAGACGGUUUCAUCGACAUGGACGAAUACCUGGGUGACAUCAACUCUGAAAUGGGCAGUGAGGAAGAACCUGAUUGGCUGGUGGCCGACCGUAAACUGUUUGUCGAGGUCAGAGACCAAAACAAAGACGGGAAAAUGGAUUUAGCGGAAACCAAAGAGUGGAUUUUUUCGUCGGAUUACGACUACGCUGAAGUCGAAGCCAAACACCUGGUGAAUGAGACGGACACGAACCAGGACGGGAAACUGACCAGGAAGGAAGUUCUGGAUAAUUAUCAGGUGUUUGUGGGAAGUCACGUGACAGACUUUGGUAGAACUUUACUUAAACACGACGAGUUUUAGAGAAGAUGUUUAUAAUAUUUGAGGGGUUCAAACCUCGUUGUUUGUUUCUAUUUCUUUUUUUAUUAUUAUUUACAUGUUGCCAUUUUGCUGUCACUCCCGUUGUCACGGUGAAUGUUUGCCAAUUUUAUUUUGAAUAAAAGACAAUUUCAUCACA